AAAAUAUACAUCAUGAUGAGCACUUCAACAAAGAAGAUGACAGUUGCCAGUUGGCAAAAGAUAGGGGCUAUAGACUUGAUAACAAAAGAUGUUCCUAUUGUUAAACCAGGAGAAAUAUUAGUAAAAGUCGCAGCAUCUGGCAUUUGUGGUACUGACUUACAUAUUAGUCGUGGAGAGACACCUCAUGCAUCUAAAAAAGUUGUUAUUGGGCAUGAAUUUUCAGGUUAUGUAGAAGAAAUUCAUCCUGAAACAAGGACGCCUAUUCAAGUAGGCGAUUUAGUUGCUGUUGAUCCUAAUAUUCCUUGUCAACAAUGUACCUUUUGUCGUAAUGAUAAAUACCAUUUAUGUAUCGAUCUUUUCUGUAUUGGUGUCACGAUAGACGGUGGCAUGUCAAGGUAUGUUUCUAUACCAGCUCGUGCUGCUAUAACGAUACCGAAGCAUAUUUCACCUGAGGUAGCCGCCUUAGCAGAGCCUCUUUCCUGUGUCGUACACGGAGUAGACCAAGGUAAGAUUAAGACUGGCGACCAAGUGCUUGUGAUUGGUUCUGGACCUAUUGGUCUCAUGACGAUCGCUCUUGCUUCACUCCAUGGCGGUCAUGUUACGGUUAUAGAGCCAAAUGAAAUGAGACGACAAGAGGCUUUAAGUUUUGGUGCUUCAGAUGUAUAUGCACCCGGUCAUCUUCCUGCUGUCGAUGGUGCAGCGGGUGAAGGAUAUGAUGUUGUUUUUGAAUGUGUGGGUCGCCCGAAUACAUGUGAGGAUGCAGUCAAUUAUGCAAAAGCUGGAGGAACUAUAGUUUGGAUUGGAGUUAAUAAGGUAGAGGAUCGCGUUCCUAUUUCACCUUUUGAUAUCUAUCGAAAGGAAUUGACGAUUACGUCUACUUAUACCAAUCCCUUUGGUAUUGAUCGUGCAGUUAAAAUUUUGGGAUCAGGUAAAGUAGAUUGGAAUAGAUUGAUUUCACACACUUUCAAGAUAAGUGAGUUUGAUGAAGCGUGGCAAGUCUUUUUGAAAGGUACAGGCUUAAAGAUCAUUAUCAAGCCAGAAUAAUAAAUAAUUGGGUAUAUGGAAAUAUAUAUAUAUAUAUCUAAAUGUAUAUCUUUUAUUAUGUAUAAGCUAGAAAAAAAAAGGGGGGAGGGAGAUGUGAACCUAAAUAUAAAUCAGUGAUUAUUAUU